CCGUGAAUUGUUGCUACCUAUAUAGAUCCCUUUUAUCCUGUAAAAGACUCCAUAUUUUUUUAACAAAAAAGACUCGAUAUUUAGAAUUUUAAAAAGAAUGAGUUUGACUCUGAAGCUUCUGCUUCUACUUCUACUUCUUUUUGUCUUGAGUCAUCAUGUUGAUUCUGGCUCUAUAGUCAAGUUUCUUCCCGGUUUUGAAGGCCCUCUUCCUUUUGAGCUUGAAACCGGGUACAUCGGUAUUGGUGAGGAAGAAGAUAUACAAUUGUUCUACUACUUCAUCAAAUCUGAGAAGAAUCCAAAGGAAGAUCCUCUACUUAUUUGGUUAAAUGGUGGACCUGGAUGCUCUUCUCUCCUAGGACUUCUUCUUGAGAAUGGACCUCUGGCUUUUAAGUUCGAGGUUUACAAUGGAGAUCUCGCUUCUUUGGUCUCUACUACAUAUUCAUGGACACAGGUGGCUAACAUAAUAUUCUUGGAUCAACCUGUUGGAUCUGGUUUCUCAUACUCAAGAACUCCACUUGAUAAAAUUAGUGACACAAAUGAAGUUAAGAUGAUCCAUGAGUUUCUUCAAAAGUGGCUAAACAAGCAUCCACAGUUUUUCUCCAACCCGUUUUACGUUAGCGGAGAUUCUUAUUCCGGUAAGAUUGUUCCAGCACUCGUUCAGGAAAUCUCAAAAGGAAACUAUAUAUGUUGCAAACCUCUCAUCAAUCUACAGGGGUAUGUCCUCGGAAACCCAGUAACAUAUCCUGAAUUGGACAUAAACUAUCGUAUUCCAUUUUCUCAUGGAAUGUCAUUAAUCUCUGAUGAACUAUACGAGUCACUGAACACAAAUUGCAAAGGAAUUGAUGGAAAUGUGGAUCCACGUAAUACAAAGUGUUUGGAACUUGUUGCAGAAUACCAUAAGUGCACUGACAAGAUAAAUCCAUAUAGUAUACUAUUGCCAAAUUGCGAUGACGAUGAAAAUUCGGAAAAUAUAUCUCCUGAUUGCUAUGCAAUUCGGACUUUGGUAGAUCCCCAGGAUGUUCAACUGAUAGAAAGUAUACCUCUGAGCAAGAGUUAUCUUGUGGAUAAAGAGGGAUGGCAUUUAACACAAAAUUGGAGAUAUACGGUUAAAUCAGGCUAUCAGGUUGAAAGGAUUUAUCCAGACAAGGAUAACCCCCCCCCCCCCCCCCCAUCUUUAUUUGACAUACAGUUGACAUACUUAAGGCACACUGUUGGAAAAUUCUAUGCACACCCAAGAUCAAGCAUUUUAUAUGGCAAUUAGUAUCAGGAUGUAUAGCAGUUAAGAAAAAUUUACAAGCAAGAGGGCAAUAAGGGGAAAUUUAUUGUGAUAGGUGUGGAGAUUUAGAGGAAUCGAUAAACCAUGUGUUUUUCGAAUGUCCUCUAGCAUGUCAAGUUUUGCUCUAUCGAAGAUACCAUCCAACCCUGCUAUGUUUCCCACCCAAUCUCUUUUCACAAACAUUGAUCAUUUAUUCUGGAGAGUCUGUCCGAAGAUGGAUGACCAUCAUUUUGCAUGGAUUCUAUGGUAUAUUUGGAAAGUAAGGAAUAACAAGGUGUUUAGUAAUUUGGAUACAGAACCUAUGGUACUCUGAGAAUUGUAGAAACAAAAUCAGCACUUUGGGCAGAGGCUCAAACUUCAAUUAAUCAGAAGGCAACAAGAGAAGUAGAAGUCCCGAAUCUUAUGACAAUCUCAGGCCGUUGAUGCUUCAUAGAUGGGUCUUGCAAAGAUAAGGAAUCUCUUUUGGGUCAAGGAUGGUAUAGUACUCUGGAAGGUUAUACUGCAUUAAUGUGAGCAAGAAAUGUUCGAGCCAGUCUUUCACCUCUACAUUCAGAAGUGAAAGCGCUAAUUUGGGCUAUGGAAUGUAUGAGGAACUUGCGAUAAUUUUGGGUUACGUUUGCAACGGAUUAUUCUCAAUUGGUGAAGAUGGUUUCGGAACCAGAGGAAUGACCCGCAUUUGCAAAUUAUAUGGAGGAUAUCAAGACCCUACAAGAAAGUUUUCACAGCUCAGAAAUCAUCUAUGUACCAAGGACGCAAAAUUUGAAGGCGGAUAGUCUAGCACGAAGUGCCAGGAAACAACUGAUAUUUUUUGUCAACAUGGAUGCCGAGCUACAUGUUUGGUUCACAGAGUCAAUAUGACUCUUUAUAAGCUGAUGACAAAAAAAGAAAGAAAAUGACAGAUAUAAAAUAAUUAAGAACUAUAAAUAUCUUGAUCAUUUUACUCCUUUUUAUGUAGCUUAAUUAAUUUUAUUAUAAUUGUUUUGUGUAAUUUAUCUUGUUAAUGAUUGAUUUAUAUUAUAAUCGGUUUAAAUUGGUUGUUAACAAUUAAUGUUAAGCAUUUUUCUU